AUGGCCCAAUUUCAUAGUAUUGUGCAGUCAAACGGACCACCUCCGACACUUUCAGGUUCUCGUAUAUCAACACAACAACAUAAUAUUCAACAACAACCUGGCAUGAUUAAUACAUCUUUUAAUGGUAAUCAACAAGUUGAUUCCAAUAUGACUACUGGUUUAUUAAAGAUUAGUAAUUUACCACCCGAUUUAACUAGGAGAGAAGCAACAUUAAUAUUUGCCUUGGUAAUUGAAGAAAUGUUAAGCAUUGAAAUUAAAGAUUAUCAGAUAUAUGCUGUGUUCAAAAACAUCAAUACUUGCAUUACUACUGGAAAACUACUCGAUGGUAAGUACAUAUUUGGUACUGAUUACCCUCCUAUUAAAGUUGAAUACGAAAAUAGCACAUUGUUGGGAUCACCAACAAACAUUUCUAGCACACAAUCUGCAUUUAAUUCAUUAAGGUUAUCGGGACCACCAAAUACCAACAUUUCUCCACCUAAUCUUCCUCAUUCACAAUUACAACAUCAAUCUUCAAGCAAUUCAAUUGACAAUGGAAACUCAAGUCUGACAGGCUCUUUUGAUAUGCUUUCGAAACGGCAAUCUAUUGGGAACCAAAGAUCUAGAUUUGUUUUCAGUGAUCCAUUUGCACAAGAUCAACUGCAGCAUCAACUGCAUCAACAGCAGCAACAGCAGCAGCAACAACAACAACAACAUCAUCAUCAUCAUCAUCAACAACAAGAUCCACACGCAAAACAAGAAAUUAUCGGCAUUCAACCAGCAGGGUCUGGUCCCCCAUCUGUGGGUCCUGCACCUAUUGGUCUUUCAGAUAUGAGUGGGAAGUCAAUUUUAUUGAUGGAAUCUCAAAAUGAUGCGAGAGAAUAUGAAAAUCUUGUUCGUGAUUCAUGGGGUCCAACACCAGGUAAUUCUGGUGUUUCAGCUGUUUCAGCAAAUUCCCUGACAUCAGGUGUAGACUGGAAUGGUAAUAGCAGUGCAAGUAAUGGAUCAAAUAUAAUACAACAACAACAGCAGCAGCAGCAGCAGCAGCAACCACCACCGCCACAACAGAUACAACCUGAUCGUCGAAGAACUUCAUCAUCAGCAUUUUUUAAUGUUGCACCUGCAUUGCAUACUAUGACUUCGAAUCAAAAUAUACCAAAUACACAUUUGGGUCCAACUGCUGCUGGAUUAAGAGCAAUUUUACAACAACCUGAAAACCAACCCCAACUGCAUGAUUCCCAACUUCAAGCUCAUUCUCAACUGCAACUACAGUCUCAACUACAAAGUAAGACUCAACCUCAACCUCCACUGCAACCCCAAUCUCAAUCGCAACUUCAUAUUCAACAAUCACAGGCACAACAGCAUCAUCAACAACAACAACAACAACAACAACAACAACCAAACACACAAUCUCAAAUUGCACCCCAAACAUCGAAUACUAGUUCAAUUACGAACGAGUUUCAUGCCCCACCUAAUAUAUCACAACAAUCUAUUACUUCUAAUCAGAAUACAACAUCAACUUCCACAUCAACUCCAACUCAACAAGCCAUUACGAGCCCGCUUGAUAAAGGGUCUACUUCAUCAAAAGAUGUUCCUGAUUUAUCAUUAUUGGCAAGAGUCCCACCUCCAGCAAACCCUGCUGAUCAGAAUCCGCCAUGUAAUACUUUAUAUGUUGGUAAUUUGCCACCCGAUGCCACUGAAUCUGAACUUCGAACUUUAUUUUCUCCACAAAAAGGGUUUAGAAGACUUUCAUUUAGAACCAAGAAUCAAUCUUCUUCUAAUAAUGGGACUGGCAGUGGCGGUGGUAGUGGUGGCGGUGGUGGUCAUAGUCAUGGACCAAUGUGUUUUGUUGAAUUUGAAGAUGUUGCUCAUGCAACAAGAGCGUUGGCAGAAUUGUAUGGUAGAGCAUUACCAAGACCAAAUGGUGGUAAUGGGAAAGGUGGUAUUCGAUUAUCAUUUUCUAAGAAUCCAUUAGGAGUAAGAGGUCCAGGAAAUUCUAGAAGAACAUCUACUAACCCUGCACCUAAUGGGUUAUCACAAUCUCAACAACAACAACUGCUGCAACUGCAACUGCAACUGCAACAACAAGGAAGUAGUGGUGGUGGGAAUUAUGGAUACUCAAAUUAUCAUCAGAAAUGA